AUGCCCCUCGCCAUCUCGCACAUGGGAAUCGUCCUCGGCAUAUUCGUGAUACUGUGGUCUGGCAUGACGGCGGGCUUUGGGCUAUACCUUCAGUCUCGAUGCGCGCAGUAUCUCGAUAGAGGGAGCGCUUCGUUCUUCGCCCUCUCGCAGAUUACAUACCCGAACGCCGCUGUGAUAUUCGAUGCUGCGAUUGCGAUCAAGUGCUUCGGUGUCGGAGUCAGCUAUCUCAUUAUUAUCGGGGAUCUGAUGCCGGGCGUGGUCCAGGGUUUCGUUGGAGAGCCGGCGUAUGAUUUCUUGGUCGACCGUCAUUUUUGGGUGACAGCGUUUAUGCUGAUUAUCAUUCCGCUCUCAUAUCUACGGCGGUUAGAUUCGCUCAAAUACACCAGCAUCGCGGCGUUGGUUUCUAUGGCUUAUUUGGUGAUUUUGGUUGUCUACCACUUUAUCAUUGGGGAUACGAAGGAGGGCCGGGGUCCGAUUCGUGUCAUUCACUGGGCGGGAGCUGUUCCGACGCUCAGCAGCUUUCCGGUGAUUGUUUUCGCCUUUACAUGUCAUCAAAAUAUGUUUUCUAUUUUAAACGAAAUCAGCAACAACAGCCACUUCAGAACAACCGCUGUCGUGCUCGCCAGUAUCGGCAGCUCUGCUGCAACUUAUAUCCUUGUUGCGAUUACCGGUUACCUCUCGUUUGGCAACAGCGUGGGUGGGAACAUCGUGGGCAUGUAUCCGCCAGGCCUAUGGGCUACGAUUGGACGUGCUGCUAUUGUCAUUCUCGUCAUGUUCUCCUACCCGCUCCAAUGCCACCCGUGCAGGGCAUCAGUCGAUGCAGUCCUACAUUGGCGGCCCAUGCGUUCCACACGUCAACGAAGCGAGGGCUCCCCUCACCGCCACCCACUUCUCCCUGGAGGCCCUAGGGGUCUGCGAACACCAGAACCAAUGAGCGAUCUCCGAUUCUCCGUGAUCACGACAUCAAUCCUCAUUCUGAGCUACAUUGUCGCCAUGACCGUAUCCUCCCUUGAAGCUGUCCUUGCCUACGUCGGCAGUACCGGUAGCACAAGCAUUAGCUUCAUCCUUCCAGGCAUCUUCUACUACAAGAUCUCAGCACCAGACUCGCCAGCCCACCAACGUCUCAUGAAAGAGGACGAUGAGGCUGAAGAAGGUUAUGUCUCUGGUGCUAGUGAUGAUGAGGGCGCUCAGGCUCGCCCACUCACCGAGAGCGGGAUUCUGCGCCGGCACACGCGCAACUGGCGCCGGGUUCUCCUUAGGAAAAUGAGCCUAGGCCUUGCCAUUUACGGAGUCAUUGUCAUGAUAACCUGUCUCGUCACGAAUUCCGUCUUCCUUGCAUCUCAUUGA